AGAGACGAGAGACGACGACCGACCGCACCCCAAAGGCUCCCUCUCUCCGACCUCUGUGGUGUUCGUGUGUUUAACUCAAGAACGUCCAGCCAACAAGCCGCUCGGGUUUUUUUUUUGGUGCUAGCCAGUGGAAGCCAAGAGUUCAAUUGUAGGUGUGUGCACAUUUUAAACAUACUUCACACGCCGGAAUCUAUGUGAUUCUUGGUGGGCUGUUAACUUCCUUUUUGGAUAUUAGUUAAGAUUCUUCCCCUCCCCACCCCGCCUUAGCGUGCCAGUAUGAAUGAGUUAGAUAGCUUACGACAAGAAGCCGAAGCUCUGAAGAAUGCCAUUCGGGACGCGAGGAAAUCCGCCUGCGACACGACGCUGGUCCAGGCGACGGCCAACAUGGAGGCGAUUGGUCGAAUCCAGAUGCGGACCAGGCGGACUUUACGUGGUCAUUUGGCCAAAAUCUACGCCAUGCAUUGGGGCACGGAUUCUAGAAAUUUAGUCUCGGCAUCUCAGGAUGGCAAACUAAUUGUAUGGGAUUCAUACACGACAAACAAAGUGCACGCCAUACCUCUUCGUUCCAGUUGGGUGAUGACAUGCGCCUAUGCUCCAUCUGGGAAUUACGUCGCCUGUGGCGGCUUGGACAAUAUCUGCUCAAUAUACAGCCUGAAAACACGCGAAGGCAACGUUCGAGUCAGCCGGGAAUUGCCGGGACACACGGGCUAUCUGAGCUGCUGCCGUUUCCUCGAUGACAACCAAAUUGUCACCAGCUCUGGAGAUAUGACCUGUGCUCUGUGGGACAUCGAAACGGGACAGCAAACAACAUCUUUUACUGGACACACUGGCGACGUCAUGUCUCUCUCCCUUUCGCCCGAUAUGCGCACAUUUGUAUCUGGAGCUUGUGAUGCCUCCGCUAAGCUUUGGGACGUUCGCGACGGAAUGUGUCGCCAGACUUUCUCUGGUCACGAGUCAGACAUUAACGCGAUAGGGUUUUUCCCCAACGGUUACGCUUUCGCAACUGGAUCGGAUGACGCCACUUGUCGUUUGUUUGACAUCCGAGCCGACCAAGAGCUGGCCAUGUAUUCGCACGACAACAUCAUAUGCGGCAUCACAUCUGUUGCGUUUUCCAAAUCUGGCCGUCUCCUAUUGGCUGGCUACGACGAUUUCAAUUGCAACGUGUGGGACUCUAUGAGGACAGAACGAGCAGGUGUGUUAGCAGGUCACGACAACCGCGUCAGUUGUUUGGGCGUUACAGAAGAUGGCAUGGCCGUGGCCACCGGAUCAUGGGAUAGUUUCCUGAAAAUUUGGAACUAAAAACUGUCCCGCUUUCGUGCAAAACAACCGCGUUGCGGCCUCACACCACGUUGCUAUCGAACGCAGUUUCUAAUUUAUUGACACCUACUUGACGCACACAGCCGGAGAGAAGAGCAUGAUCCAUCAUAGAAGUCGCGGGAAAAAAACAAAAGCAAAACCAAAACAAUUCCCUAACCCCAACCCACUUUCAGCCAUCUUUUAGCCAAGGAAAUGCCCCGAAGAGAAAAAUCAACCACCCAAAAGACGGACGGAUGAAAUACCAAAAUGAACCGCGUAUAUAUUAUCUCAAUUCGAGUCCUUCGUUCUCGAUGUGGCAGAGACACAAAACACAGUGAUUCAGUAGUUCCAAAUUGUGACUCCUGUUGACGCCUCGUUCAGUUUAGUACCUCUCGCCCCCUACACAUCUUCUGCGUUUCAGUCUUGUCUUUUUAUUUUAUUUCAUUUUUUUUUGUGGUCAAUUCUUCCCUGAUCGACGCAUCAGUCGACGAGUAUUUGUCCCCCCUCCCCUCUCUCCCACAGAAAGCUGUUGUAUGGAAAGAUGAUUGCCUUCCUUCACCCCGCACCACCUACCCAUCAAACAUUGCUCUUUUUUUUUUUUUGAAAAGGCUUUUUUCUUGGCCUCCGGAUGCCACAACUCCUUGGAUUUUUGGUCGAUUUAGAACUGAAAAGCCAACCAUUUGAAACAGAAGCGCAGAAAACAAAUGAAAAUAGUAGCACAAACAAGUUGUCAGCUGGGGCGUAAUGUUUCGCACAAUGUCGCUCUCUCUCCUUUCGUCGCCCGACCUCCUCCCCCUCCAGUCCGCCCUGUUUUCUAUUUCGGUUUCACCACCCAGGCUUAAAUGAAUUCUUUCAUUCAUCCGCCAUUUCCUCCAUGCGUAGACUCGAUAGAGGACGCGUCGCUUCGUUCGUGCAGGAUGUGUCUAGUCAACACCAUCAUUCAUAAACUUUUUUAUCUAGCUUGUUUAAUGGGUUUUUCCGCACCUUUUUCUUUUUCUGAGUUCCCACCUUGGCUAUAAAUAUUUGUUUUUUUUUUUCUCAUUUUUUCAUGGGGGGAGGGGUGGGGGGUUGGCUAAAUUUUUGGUUGUCCUCCAUUAAUUUUCUUCUUUUUUUUUCGAAACUCGUUCCUCUCCAUACAAUCUCUCCCCAACAUUGUCAUUAAUUAACAUGUUUAAAGAGAAACGCUUCAGAGUUUCAAUUCGUCAGUGCCGAGUUUUAUUACAUGAAUCGGGAGGGAAGGGGGACAAAAAAAAAGCGGUUCAAUGAAUUUCUGCCCUAAUUUGUUUCGUCAAAAUCUCAUCGUGAAAAAAAAAAGAAAGAAAGAAAGAAAGAAAACGACGAGUUCGCUUUGGGACCACAGGCACAGCGGACUGGUUUGAGAUGUUAUCCUUCCAUUUUACUUAGUGGUUUUUCAAAGAAAAUGACUAUCAUCCAAUUUCCCGCAUCGGAAACAGAACACACAAGUCUGAUUUCGUUCAACUAACGUUCGCGAAGAGAGUAGGAAGUUAAUCUUAAGCUAUUUCAUGCGCACAGAAAAAUUUCGUUUUUCUUGUUUUAUUUGUUGGCUAGAUUUUUCAUUUCCUCAAUUCAAAAAGAAAUCGUCAGCUCUCCGCCGUCGACAUGGCAACACAAAGCGUUUAUGUAAGGUCCUUUUCUUUUUUAAAAACUUCCUCUUUUGGGUUUCUCCCCACUAUUUCUUUCCGAAUGUCCCCAACUAGAUGAAGAAUAAUGCGAAUGUGGAAGGCGAGGGUUAAAACAAACAAAAAAAUUCUCUGUGUAGUUGAGUCAUUCAGCUUUUAUUACCAUGCGGUAUCAUCCGAAUAGGAAUCGAAACAAAAAGCGCAAAAGCCCAAAAAAACAAAACACAAAAAAACAUAAAACACAAAACAAAAGGAAAAAAAAAAAUUGAGAUAACAAUAAAAAAAAAAGGCCAGCGUCUACAACUGCCCAAUGACCGGACCACCUUUGACGGGGACUGGGAAAGAAGCUGUACAGUAGAAGUGGAAUAUUGUCUUUGUUUAUGUUGGUUUCCGUGAGGCAGUUUUUCUUUUUUAUUUUCCCCCCUAUUUUUUAAAAAAGCGUGAAUCUGCAGUCCAGGUGCGGUGUUAGCUAAUCGCACAAAUGCUAGCACCGCAUCUGCCAUGUCGGAAAGAAUUCGCAGCGUUAUAUCUCCCCUCCCAUCCCCAUCCCCCCAAUUGAUGGCAAGCCAAGUUAGACUAAAGUGUUGGUGCCGGACUAGUCGCGCGACUCUGUAGCCGCCCACCAAUGCUCAAAGUCGUGCUCGGGCUCAGGACUACUCCGUCGCAAGACUUUCGAGCUAACUUGGGAUUGCGUGUGUUUGGACUUUGGAUUUCUUCUCGAAUCCCCCCUUUUAUGGCAAAAUGUGUGUUCGUCCCGCCCCCACUUCUGACCCACCACCUCCCCCCCAAUUUUUGCUUCAACAGUAUAUCGGUAGAUUUAACCAGCUCUUAUUCAUUCGGUUCCCUGCGUUACGUUCCCUGACCCCCCCCCCCCCUAUCUCCAUAUUGCCCAUUCAAUUUCUUUUGUUCUCCCAGAGAACGUGAACCACGACACGAACAUUUUGAGGGGUUGUACAGUUUCCUGCCCUGCUACAUCCCCGCGUUGGCCGGUUUUCGUAUUUACAUGAUAUCCUCACUCCUUUCAUUUUUUCUUUUUCUUCUUUCCAAUUUUUCAUUUUUCUCUUCCUUUCUAUCUUGCUAUCUCUUCAACCUUUAGAACCGAACAACUUGAUUGAAUGAUUUUUUUUCUCUUUUCACAUUCUCGGACAUUCAUUAAGAAAAACCGUUGAUGAUCGAGUCGAUGCUUCAAAUCAAUUUUUUUUUUGUGUGUCCUAAUUCAUUCUUGGUUGUUUAUCUCGUGUGUAACGUUUAAAGGAACAAAAAGAAAACAACAAAAGGAACACAAAA